CGUUGCCAAAUUGUCCCCUCUCCCGCCCCGUGACCAGGAAGGUGGCAGGAGUAGCUGAGGAGAGAGAGCCGUGAGAGAUGCAGCCAUGGUGGGAGAGGCCACUCACACUGCACUUACAUGCCCAAAUAUCCUGGUUCCCAGGAGAGAAAGGACCCCUUCACCCUGCCCCAGGCGCCAGGCUGCCAGCCCAUCUGCUGGAAGAAAGGAGGGGCGCCUUUCCCUGGAAGGAUCCUGAAGAAACAACUAGAACAGUAGUCCCAACGAAUUUAUACUUGCUAGACACUUCGCUUCACGCGGGAAAGCCGUAGGGUAGAGCUGAACCCUGAGGUGGGUAGGGGUGAGGGUCCAGGCCUGUCAUAGCGGGGCAGGGUCUUCUGGCCAGGACGUGCCCAAGGCAGGCUGAGCAGUGCCUCCGUGCCCACCCUCUGCCCCCCUCCCUGGGCCCAGUCUCACCGGCUCAGAGGCGCCAGGGCCCCCCCCAGGGCCGGGGCGGGCUGGGGAAGGUAAUGUAAUUCCGGCCCAGCUAACCCGAUUAUGGCGGCCUGCACCGGGCAGGGUGGCGGCAGGGGCGUGUCUUCGGCUUAGGGGCCCUCCCGGCAGGGGUCCCAUCCCGGGGAGGGACGAGGAGGUCACAAACUCCCAGCUCCUGGGUCUGCGCCCAGAGGUCACAAGGUCACCAAGCCGCUUCAGCCUUCCCCCACUUUCCUUGGCUGGCACGCUCCAGGCGCAUUUUCUGAUGCUUGGGUGGGGUAAAGUGUCUGUAGGGUGCGGUGCCUGGAGCCUCCCAAGGCCUCAGCGAGUCCCCAGUGUAGCCCUUUCGCCUUAGAGAGGGGAGAACAGUGUGUGAGGCUAGCUUUCCAAGACGCAAAUUAGAGAAGUGGAAUCCCGCGGUGGAGGCCCGGGUUGGUCCAUUUGAGACACGGGUCCGAUUUACAGCAAUUUCGGAAAAUCGAAAUUUUAAGAAACAGGGUACUAAUUCCUGGUCGGUGAAGACCAGUAAGGUGGGGGAGUGGUACAGAAAAAAGCCGGGAGGUGCACCACGACUGCAAGCUCAGAUGUUCGUUUCCUGCCCGAGCCCACCGUGCGAGCCCUGCCACCGUCUGCUUCCCACACCUGGCCUCUUCCUGGGACUCCAGAUCGCGGAUCGCCGGUCCCCAACCGCUUCUUGCAGAGCCAGGUAGCUACAACGAGAUUUGGUCUCAGAGGGCUUUUGGGUAGGGGCCACAACGAAUGCAGGAGCUGGCCAGCGGCAUCCAUCGGGAGGCGAAGAGUGGGGUCUGGGGAGAGAAGCCCCUGCCGAGGAACCCGCGAGGCAGCCGGAAGGCGGAGGCCAGAGAGGAUGCGGGCUUGCGAGCAUCCCGGCUGAGUCAGCGGCCCCUCCCGUGCCUUCCUGACACCCGCGCCCUCCUCUGCCUGCGCCAGGCACAUCCAGCCAUCCCUUCCCCUUUAACAGCGGGGCCCCGCCCCUGCCCUCCCUCAGCCCCCUCUGCCCACCCGAGUCACUGCCCCUGCCUGAGCUGGCCACCCCUCUCCACACCGGACUCGGGCAGCGGCCUGGGCAACCUAGCGUCCACCUGCGCUCCAGGGACCCCCGCCCGCCGCGCUCCUUCGGGAUGCGAGCCCCUGAGCGGACUCCCGGGAGGGGCAGGCACACGCGAGGCUGUGCCCGGUGCACAGGGAUGUUGCUGUCCCGGGGGCCCCGGCGCAUGGCCGUGGCCAGCCCCGCGGGCCCCUGAAGCCGCUGCCCAGAGCGCGCCGCCGCCGAGUUCCCGCAGCCGUCAGAGACACCCUUUCCAGCCAUCCAACCUCUCAGGCUUGGACCCAUGGAGCCUGCGGUGUUGGCUCCGCACCACCUUCCGCACCACGAACCCAUCAGCUUUGGCAUCGAUCAGAUCCUGAGCGGCCCCGAACCCCCGGGGGGCGGUCUGGGUCCGGGUCAGGCGAGCCAGAGCCACGGGGAGAGUGCGGCGUUCUCCGGUGGAUUCCACGGAGCCUCGGGCUACACUCCAGCCGGCUCGCUGACUUCCUUGCCUAGAGGCUCUGGAGUGGGCCCCUGCGGCGUGAUCCGCGUCCCCGCGCACCGUCCGCUGCCCGUGCCGCCGCCCUCGGGUGCGGCCCCCGCCGUGCCCGGACCCUCUGGUUUGGGUGGCGCCGGGGGCCUAGCAGGACUCACCUUCCCCUGGAUGGACAGCGGCCGCCGCUUUGCAAAGGACAGGCUCACGGCUGCGCUCUCGCCCUUCUCUGGGACACGUCGCAUAGGCCACCCCUACCAAAACCGGACUCCCCCGAAGCGCAAGAAGCCGCGCACCUCCUUUUCCCGCUCGCAGGUGCUGGAGCUGGAGCGCCGCUUCCUGCGCCAGAAGUACCUGGCCUCGGCGGAGAGGGCGGCGCUGGCCAAGGCCCUGCGCAUGACGGACGCGCAGGUCAAGACCUGGUUCCAGAACCGACGCACCAAGUGGCGGCGCCAGACGGCGGAGGAGCGCGAGGCCGAGCGGCACCGCGCGGGUCGCCUGCUGCUGCACCUGCAGCAAGACGCGCUACCCCGGCCGCUGCGGCCACCGCUGCCACCGGACCCGCUCUGCCUGCACAACUCGUCGCUCUUCGCGCUGCAGAAUCUGCAGCCCUGGGCGGAGGACAACAAGGUGGCUUCGGUGUCCGGGCUCGCCUCCGUGGUGUGACCGACGACGCCUGCCCGACGAGCGCCAACGUGACCGGGUGCCGUGCCACCCGCGAUGAGUGAGGAGCGGAAGGCCUGCAGCUGUCCUCUGAGGCUUCUUUGACUCUGAGGGUCACCAGUGGCCCCUGGCCCCCACUUUGACUCCGCCCUUCAUGGCAUUUUUUUUAACCCGCUGAGAUGUGGGUUGCAAGAGCAACCUGCAGGAUUGUGAAUGAAGCAGGGACCCUGCAAGGCACUGCGACUCUGCCCUGAGUGGGCUCAGAGCUCAGGUCCUGCAGGGAAGGGGCCACCGAGCAGGUGUGAAGGCAGACACCAAGGACAGAGGGGGAGGGGUAAUGGGAGAGGCGCUAUCACUAGAGAAUGAGGCCUACUGUGACAGGGACCUGUCCCUCAUCUGUAAACAAUCACUAAGGAUUCCUUCUAGACUCAGUCCUCUCCUGUCCAAUCUGUAGGCCACUCUCCAUCUUGAGUUUUAAUGCACCUAUGCUAUAGGUAAGAUAGAUACUUAUUUAGUCAGAAGAUAAAAUCUAAGAAGAGAGCCUGACUCUAGUGCCAUGCAGGGUCAGAGAACCAAGAUGCCAGCCGGUGGAGAACUCAUGGGCCCAGUGUUAGGGUGAGCAAAAGACAUGCUUUGGGACCAAAGGUGACCUUAAGACUGGAGAUACGGAAGCCUGGAGGUCAGGAAGAGGAAACUGGGGGCAAGAUUAACAGUAGGCAAAACUAACGUUAGAUUUAGAGAGGAAAAAAAAAUUCCUGAUGCCUGCCUUUGGGGGAUCUCGCUGACAUCACAAGGGUGGAGACCAAGAUCUCUGGGUGGGUGGUGGGGGCUGGGGGAACUCUGGGGAGUUACAUGGAUUGAGCCUUUCUUUCCACGGUAUUCCACAAACACAUUUAUGAUGUGCAGGUGAUGAUGGGGUGGAUUUGGACAUUAGACUAGACUAAGGGCAGAAGGGAAGGAGUACCCAGCUAGGAAGAAGAAAUGCACAACGGCUUUUACCUGGAAAGAUGUUAGGAGCUGGCACUUACAGUAAUCCUGACAAUCUGAGUUUGAUCCCUAGGGGCAAGUUCGUGGAAGAAAACCACUUUCUACGAAUUGUCCUCCGACCACUGUGCGUGUGUUAUGGGUGUUCAUCUGCACACACAAUAAAUAUAAUGAAAAAUUA